AUGGCGAAGGUGAAGCAGGUGGGUUUGCUGGCCGCCGGCUGUCAGCCCUGGAACAAAGACGUCUGUGCAGCCAGCGGGGAUCGGUUCGCCUACUGCGCCACGCUGGCCAUUUACAUCUACCAGCUGGACCAGCAGUACAACGAGUUUAAGCUCAGGUCCAUCAUGUCGGAGCACAAGAAGACCAUCACAGCCAUCAGCUGGUGUCCCGACAACCCCGACCUGUUCGCGUCGGCGUCGGCCGAUAACCUGCUGAUCGUGUGGAACGUGGCGGAGAAAAAGGCCGUAGCGAGACUAGACAACACUAAAGGCGUCCCAGUGUCGGUCAGCUGGUGCUGGAACUCGGCGGACGGCGUCGCCUUCGUCUCCCAGCGAGGCCCGCUGUACAUCUGGGUCUAUCGAGGUCCCGACCCCGGCGUCACGGUGCACAAAGAAGCUCACUCCUUCCUGUCCGACAUCUGUCUGUUCAGAUGGCAUCCCACCAAGAAGGGCAAACUGGUGUUCGGGCACACGGACGGCAGCUUGUCGGUGUUUCAGCCGGGCAGUAAAAGCCAGAAACACGUCCUCCGGCCCGAGUCUCUGGAGGGGACGGACGAGGAGGACCCGGUCAGCGCCCUGGAGUGGGACCUGCUGUCCACCGACUACCUACUGGUGUCCAACCUCCACAACGGCAUCCGGCUGGUGGACAGCGAGGCCCUGGCCUGCAUCACGUCCUUCUGCUUCCCGUCGGCGGCCGCCUCGGUCCAGUGUCUGGCCUGGGUUCCCUCGGCGCCCGGCAUGUUCAUCACUGGAGACUCGCAGGUGGGCGUGCUGAGGGUUUGGAACGUGUCGCGCUCGACUCCUCUGGACAGCUUCAAGCUGAAGAAGACGGGAUUCCACGCUCUGCACGUCCUCAACUCACCUCUGGCCAAGAAAGCUCAGAGGUCCGGUUCUCCCAGUAAGAGUCAGCACACCAGCUCCACCAGUGAGGCGGUUCCUCCCCCGACGCUGUCCCAGAACCGGUCCUUCUCGCUGCCCCCGGGCCACGCCGUCUGCUGCUUCAUGGACGGGGGCGUGGGACUCUACGACAUGGGCGCCAAGAAGUGGGACUUCCUGCGAGACCUGGGCCACGUGGAAACCAUCUUCGACUGUAAGUUCAAGCCCGACGAUCCCAACCUGCUGGCCACGGCGAGCUUCGACGGAACCAUCAAGAUCUGGGACACCAACACGCUGACCGCCGUCUACACGUCGCCCGGAAACGAAGGCGUGGUCUACUCACUGUCCUGGGCUCCAGGAGACCUGAACUGUAUCGCAGGAGCGACGUCGCGCAACGGAGCGUUCAUCUGGGACGUCCGGAAGGGGAAGAUCAUCACCCGCUUUAACGAGCACGGGACCAACGGCAUAUUCUGUAUAUCGUGGAGCCACAAGGACUCCAAGAGGAUCGCCACCUGCAGUGGAGACGGGUUCUGCAUCAUCAGAACCAUCGACGGGAAAAUCCUGCACAAGUACAAACAUCCCGCCGCCGUGUUCGGCUGUGACUGGAGCCAGAACAACAAAGACAUGAUCGCGACUGGCUGCGAGGACAAGAACGUGCGGGUGUACUACCUGGCCACCAGCUCGGACCAGCCUCUGAAGGUCUUCACCGGACACCUGGCCAAGGUGUUCCACGUGCGCUGGUCUCCGCUCAGAGAAGGAAUCCUGUGCUCGGGGUCGGACGACGGCACCGUUCGGAUCUGGGAUUACACUCAGGACGCCUGCAUCAACGUCCUCAGCGGCCACACGGCUCCCGUCAGAGGCCUGAUGUGGAACACCGAGGUGCCCUACCUCCUCAUCUCAGGUUCUUGGGAUUAUACGAUCAGAGUUUGGGACACGAGAGACGGCACGUGUCUGGACACCGUCUACGACCACGGCGCCGACGUUUACGGUCUGACAUGUCACCAGAGUCGUCCCUUCACCAUGGCCAGCUGCAGCAGAGACAGCACGGUGAGGCUGUGGUCGCUGGGCCCGCUCAUCGCCCCGCUGCUGCUCAACAUCCUGACCGACCGGCCCUGGGAGAAGGUCAUCGGCAACACGGACACUGCCAUGGUUCCCGGGUCGCCGCCGCUGCUCUGUGGGAAAGUGUCCCGAGACGUGAAGCAGGAGCUGGACAAGCUGAGCGUCGACAUCCGGGCCAAGAAGCUCCGCUGGUUCUCCGAGUGCUUCUCGUCUGAAGCCCAGGAGCUGACCAUCGUGAAGAUGUCCAAGUUUGGAGGAGGAAUCGGAGCUCCGAGUAAAGAGGAGCGGCUGAAGGAAGCGGCGGACAUCCACCUGAGGCUGGGACAGAUCCAGAGAUACUGUGAGCUCAUGGUGGAGCUGGGACAGUGGGAGAAAGCUCUGUCGGUGGCGCCGGGCGUCUCCAUGAAGUACUGGAAGAAACUCAUGCAGAGGAGAGCCGAUCAGCUGAUGGCGGAGGACAACGACGACGCCAUCCCCUACUGCAUCGCCACCGGAGACAUCAAGAAGCUGGUGGCGUUCUUCAGCGGCAGAGGGCAGCUGCUGGAGGCCCUGCUGAUAGCGCAGGGAGCGUGUGAAGGAAACAUUCGUGCUCCUCAGAGUUCCUCCGUCAACCACACGACCAACGACGUGGACACCAGGCAGCAGUACCAGAGCCUCCUCCACCAGGUCUGCCAGGAGCUCGCCGAGUGGUACUUCCAGGACGGCUGCUCGGUGCUGGCGGCCUGCUGCCACCUGGCCGUCGACAACAUCCAGUUGGCCAUGUCCAGCCUGAUCCGGGGAAACGAGCUGGAGCUGGCGGCGUGCGUGGGCAUCGUCCUGGGAGAAGCAGCCAAUCAGAGCACGGCCUACUGCCUGGAGCUCCUGGCCAGGAAGUACAUGGCCACGCCUACAUGGGAGCUCUCCGCCGACCUGCUGCGAAUGAUUCCCGACAACCACCUCUUGUUGGCCAAACUCUGCGCCUUCUAUCCAGGAAGUGCCGCCGAAAUCGACCAACUGCACGAGAGGUGCGACCUGCCGUCCAUGCAGGAGUGCAGGACGCUGGCAGAGGCAGCCGAGGGCGACGGAGAUCUGCUGUCGGCCGUGAAGUUCCACCUGCUGAGCUGUGAGCCGGAGAACGCCCUGCAGAUCGGGAUCCGGCACGUCAAAGAGCAGCUGUCUGGAUCCGACUGGACGGUGGACAGCGUCCAGCCGGUCCUGGACCUGCUGAGCUACGUCAGGACCGACCGGCUCGUCAUGGCCAAGAUGACGGAGGUUCGCAGUGAGCUGCUGAUCCUGUGCGGCUACGUCGGCGCCCUGCUGGCCAUCCGGCGGCGCUACAGCAGCAUCGUACCGGCGCUCUACGAGUACACCAGUCCUCCGUCAGAGAGCCAGAAGGACGAGUUCAGCCGCCUCCAGAGGAGAAUCCAGCCGAUGGACGCCGCUGCUUUGGUUCUGUCCGGUGCCGACUAUGUGACCGGGUCCAACCUGCCGAGCCACUCGGACUUGCAGCUGUCCUGCUUCACCGGACAGAGGAUACAGGGUCCAGUGUUCCUGCUGGAGGACAGCAAGUCGGCCAUCUCCCUCAACGACGCUUUGAUGUGGGCCAAAGUGAACCCGUUCUCUCCGCUGGGAACCGGACUUCGCAUCAACCCGUUCUAACAUGAAAACUGGGCUUGGGCUCCAGACCGAGUGGCCAACUGGGUUCUCAGACACGCUCGUAGGUUUUGUAGGUUUUGAUAUCGGUGACUGUAGCGAUGAGAACGUAGCCGACACGUCGUCAUGCUUCAUCUGUGGACAGACUGGAUCUUAUCGGACCGGACCGUUGGUAAGAACUCCCUCUUAUCUCCAGCCAACGGUUCCCCAAAGUAUGAGCAUGUAUAUACACAGGGUAUAAAUCUAUCGCUGUAAAAACAGAACGCUGGAAUAAAGCAAACGCUGGAUAUUUA